AUGGGGAGCCCUCAAAGCAAAGGCCUUGCUAGUGAAAAAAACAAAAUCUCCCCUCCAUCACAAGAAAAUAAUCAAAAUCUCCCUCCACCACAAGAAAGUAAUCAAAAUCUCCAUCCACCACAAGAAUCUCUACAAAAUCCUCCUCCACCUCAAGAAAAUGAACAAAUUCCUCUUCCACAUCAAGCAAGUGAACAAAAUUCUUCUCCAUCACACAACUUUCCUAAAAAUCAAGACGAGGGAGCUUGUCAUGGAGCUAGUUCAAAUCCUAGAAAUGAAGCUCCAAUUCAUGAAGGAAGAUUAAGUACUUUUGAUAUUGUUAAUCUUCCACAAGAUCCCGGAAAAAGGAGAAAGAUAAGUGAUUUUCAUCCGGAUGAUAGGGAUUUGGUUAGAAGAACAUACAUUCAACGAAAACCUUGUCAACCUGAAGAUUUUGUAUUUCCUCAAACACCUUUUGGGCCAAAAUUGCGUCGCUUCAAUAAAAAAUGGUUUGAUACUUGGCGGACAUGGCUUGAGUAUUGUGUUGAGAAGGAUGCGGCUUUUUGUUUUAUUUGUUACUUAUUCAAGAAAGACAAUUCAUCUGGAGGUGAUGCUUUUGUUAAUGAGGGAUUCAAGGCUUCGAAUAGAACGGAAGCAUUUGCAAAACAUGUUGGUGGACACAUGAGUGCUCACAACAUUGCGGUGGUUGAUAUGAAUUCAUUUGUCAAUCAAAAGGCUUCUAUUACAACCGCAUUGUCCAAACAAUCACAAGAAGCAAUGAGCGCAUAUCGAAAGCGGUUAGAAGCUUCAAUUGUAACUACUCAAUGGCUCCUACUUCAAGGGUUUCCUUUUCGUGGCCAUGAUGAAAAAGAAACUUCAUUGAAUAGAGGUAAUUUCAUUUCUCUAUUGUCACUUCUUUCAAAGCAUGAUCCCAACUACUCGAAAGUUAUUUUAAAAAACUCUCCGAGUAAUUGUCAACUGACUUCUCCUCCAAUCCAAAAAAAUAUCAUCAAUGCUUGUGCAAAAGAAACAACUAAGGCAAUUCUUGAAGAGCUUGGUGAUGGAUUUUUUGCCAUCCUUGCCGAUGAGUCAGCAGAUGUUACCGAUAAAGAACAAAUGGCUGUUUGUUUGAGAUAUGUUAAUAAAAUGGGAGAGAUAUGUGAAUGA